AUGAGUGACCUAGUCAACAGAGAUGGCAUGCCCUGGCCCAGGUACCCAAAUGCACCAUGCUUUACAGGGGAUCCAUUUGUGGUCCUCACGCAUUUACAGCAUGUAGAUCGCCUUGGACAGAUGAACAACCUAUUGGGCACCCAGCGCAUCAAAGAGCUAUGGCAGGGACUGCCUGAAUAUAGACAAGGUAGCUUCGAAGAUUUCACUAAUGAGAUUAUGUCUAUGUAUCCAGAAACAGGACAAAACACAUAUAUGCGACCUGCCAUCCAAGCGCCCACUGUGUGCGCACCUCAGGAGCCAGAACACACCUUAGAGCGACCAGAGAUCACGCCUAUAGUGCCUCAAUGUGCCCCAAGUAUUGCUAAUCCCAGUCUAGAUCUCCCAGAAGUACCAGUCAUUGAACUUGCCCCACCACCAGCCCAAGUCAAAGCACCCAUUGUAUCACCUCAAAGCAAAAUACGCGACCCUAUCCUCAUCCCCAUCUCCCAAGAAGCGCCCUUUGACAAAAUUGCAUCAUUGCCAGCUUAUAUCGAAGCACCCAUUAUGCGUGCACCUCCAGAGCCCAUACCCAAACCAGAGUAUCCAUCAGCAGAAGUCACCCCACCCCAGCUCAAAAUACACGAGCCCAUCAUCAUCCCAAUGCUUCCAGAAGCACCUCUGGAAGAGAUCUUGUCACCGAUAGUCAGGGAUGACUCUAAAUAUCUAUUGCACAUUUACGCGUCUAUUCCAAAGCUUUCUAUUGUGUUAGAAGCUCAUCUUACACCACCAGUCAACCAGAUCAGGGAUGACUCUAAACAUCUAUUGCCCAUUCACACACCCAUUCACGCGCCUAUCCCAGAGUCUCCUGCAGUGUCAGAGGCUCAUUAUGCGACACUAUCCGACCAGACAUACAGUGACUAUUGUCUGCCAGUGAAACAUCCGUGCAUUGCAUCACCUAUCCACCAAGUAGAGUAUGUCUCAGGCGACUCUGAGGCGCCUUCAGAGUGCUGUAUUGCGCCUGAGGUCGCGCAGGUUGCGCACUUAGAGGCACUGAGCCAUUUGCCUUCAUCUUCGCAUCAGUUCACCAUUAUUUCGUCAUUCAUGCGCUGCAUUCGCGCACCACGCACCUAUAUUCCUGCGCUAUAUGCGACCAUCAUUGCAGAAGAGUCUUCCUGCUAUCGCAUUUUUACUGCUUCAUCAUUUUCAAGUUGCUUUUCUUGGACUUCAUAUCAGUCCCGCCUUAAUCUGACGCCUAUGCGCGACUUACACGCUCGCCUUGCGCAUAUUCACACGCCUAUCGCAUUUUUCAUCACCUCUGAUUUCGCAUAUUUCACCUUAAUUCGCAUUUUCCACUCAUCCACUUAUUAUGUUGAUAUUGUCCUUAUAAAUCCUAUCAAGGGAUAUCCAUUUAUGUCUUGGCACCAAUUGGCCCUUGAUAAAGAGUCUAUCAGACGCAGUCGCGCAAUAUUCGCGCUUAAUUUCGCUUAUCAUUCAGCUCAUGUCAAUAUUCUAACAGUGUAUCAGCCAGUCCUCACAUUAGAGGAUAUAGUAGACAAUGUGCCAAAUCAUGAUUGUGCGCGCAGCUCAAGCGCACAUUACCCGACCCUAGAGCACUUCCACGCACCUCACAUCGCCCCAUUAGGGCGCGCUUUCAACUUGUACCACAAGGUGCAAGAAUUCAUUCCACCAGUCACCAGUCUGCCAUCACGUCACAUUUGA